CGGCGCCGGCAGUCCCGGGCUGGCCCGCUCCGUGGGGCGAUCGCACAGAUGGCGGCGCUGGCGACAGUGGCCAAGAAGGUGUGGAGCGCGCGGCGGUUGCUGGUGCUGCUGUUCACACCGCUCGUGCUGCUGCCGGUGGUCUUCGCCCUCCCGCCCAAGGAAGGUCGCUGCCUGUUCGUCAUCCUGCUCAUGGCGGUGUACUGGUGCACUGAGGCCCUGCCCCUCUCGGUGACGGCCCUGCUGCCCAUCGUCCUCUUCCCCUUCUUGGGCAUCCUGCCCUCCAACAAGGUCUGCGCCCAGUACUUCCUGGACACCAACUUCCUCUUCCUCAGCGGUCUGAUCAUGGCCAGCGCCAUCGAGGAGUGGAACCUGCACCGGAGAAUUGCCCUCAAGGUCCUGAUGCUCACUGGGGUCCAGCCAGCCAGGCUCAUCCUGGGGAUGAUGGCGACCACCUCGUUUCUGUCCAUGUGGUUGAGCAACACUGCCUCUACCGCCAUGAUGCUGCCCAUCGCCAAUGCCAUCUUGAAGAGUCUCUUCGGCCACAGGGAUUCUCAUAAGGACCUCAGCUGGGAGAGUGAGGAGACUGCGGCUGCUGUGCGGAAAAAUGGCUUGCACACCGUGCCCACGGAGAUGCAAUUCAUUGCUGGCACAGAAGACAAAGACUGCCCUGAGGAGGCAGAGGCUCCAACGGAUCUCCACCCUACCUCCAAGAAGGAGGAGGAAUAUCGCAGGAACAUCUGGAAGGGCUUCCUCAUCUCCAUCCCCUACUCGGCCAGCAUCGGGGGCACCGCCACCCUCACGGGCACAGCCCCCAACCUCAUCCUGCUUGGCCAGCUCAAGAGUUUCUUCCCACAGUGCGACGUGGUGAACUUCGGCUCCUGGUUCAUCUUCGCCUUUCCUCUCAUGCUGCUGUUCCUGUUGGUGGGCUGGCUCUGGAUCUCCUUCCUCUAUGGAGGGAUAACCCUGAGGGGCUGGAGGAAGAAGAAAUCUGAGCUCAGAACUGAUGCAGAAAAUAGGGCUCGAGACACGAUUCGGGAGGAAUUCCAGAGCCUGGGGCCCAUCAGGUUUGCCGAACAGGCCGUGUUCAUCCUUUUCUGCGUGUUCGCCAUCCUCCUCUUCUCCCGGGACCCGAAGUUCAUCCCUGGCUGGGCCAGCCUCUUCACCCCUGGGUUUAUUUCUGACGCUGUCACCGGCGUGUCCGUUGUCACCAUCUUGUUCUUCUUCCCAUCACAAAAGCCGUCCCUCAAGUGGUGGUUUGACUUUAAAGCUCCCAACACAGAGACAGUGCCCUUGCUGACGUGGAAGAGGGCCCAGGACACGGUGCCCUGGAACAUCAUCCUUCUCCUGGGAGGGGGCUUUGCCAUGGCCAAAGGCUGCGAGGAGUCGGGGCUGUCGGCGUGGAUCGGCGGGCAGCUGCACCCCCUGGAGAACGUGCCCCCGGUGCUGGCUGUACUGCUUAUCACCGUGGUGGUCGCCUUCUUCACCGAGUUCGCCAGCAACACAGCCACGAUCAUCAUCUUUCUGCCCGUCCUGGCGGAGCUGGCCAUCCGUCUGCGGGUGCACCCCCUGUACCUGAUGAUCCCGGGCACCGUCGGCUGCUCCUACGCCUUCAUGCUCCCAGUCUCGACGCCCCCCAACUCAAUCGCCUUCGCCUCCGGACACUUGCUGGUCAAAGACAUGGUGCGGACGGGACUCCUGAUGAACCUGAUGGGCGUCCUGCUGCUCAGCUUGGCCAUGAAUACUUGGGCACAGACCAUCUUCCAGCUGGGCACCUUCCCAGACUGGGCCGACCUCCACUUAGCCAACGUCACAGCACUGCCAUCCAGCUUGGCUAACGGCACAUAUCGGACCCUCUGAGCCCCCCUCAGGAACUGUCUUCGGGCUGGGCCCUCCCAGGGGUUUUGCCAUCCUCUGCUGCUGGGACCCCACAGGCUGAUCAAGCAAUUCUUCUCUGUGAUCCAGUGCACAGCAAGCAAGGGUGACUUCCAGUGGUCUACUUGGGUCCACAGUCUUGUUAUCUAGGAUACCUACUCGUCUCCCACACAGUUCAGGGAGCCACUUCCUCCCAGUUCUGCUGCCUGAGAAACAAGCUCCUUUAUCUCUGAGUUGAUCUGUGGUUAGGAUGCAAGAAAGCCCAGUUUCAGCAAUAGUAAGCCAAUCCGGAAUGGCAUUUGUCUUGAACAGCAGGGGCAGGAGAUACCACUAGCAUCCCUCACUGACGACGCAAGGUUCAUCUGGAGAGAGCAUCCUGCCUUUAGGGGUCACCUUCCUUCCAGAGGCCGGGGCUGCCGUGUCCCCGUCCAGCUGUUCCAGCUGUUCCCAGCUGGUGUGUGCUCUGCUUGGUGGGGGCCCUUUUUGUUUGAAUAUCGGCCUUGCUGAUACCUAGAAGCCAGGUUUAUUUUCAGUCCCUGGAGACAGGGGAGAGACCGAUGACAUCCUGAGGACAUGGAGACUGAGCAGAGCCUCUUUGCUGUUUCUCUGGGCUCCCGAGCACACAAGGGGGAAUUCUAGACCUUUCUACCCAAGCUUUUUCAGAUUUUCCUGAUUAGUCUGAAUCAGUGUGGCCGCAGUUCCAGGGUCAGGCCAAGUGUGGGCCGUUCCCCCAUAACAGGUGGCCCAUGGCUCCUCCAGCCAGGCACCUCCCACACGGGCCGCCUUCUUAUUCCCAGAGCCGCUUUUUGCCUCCCCCCCCAUCCCAGGUGGUAAGCGUGUGUGAUUAGCAAGGGCCACGUUUUCCAGGGGAGAGAGAAAAGUCAAAGAGAAAUCAAGGCCUUGUAAAAGUCCAGUGUUGUAGGCAGGGAAACCCCGUAAUCCUCUUCUACAGACAAGGAUAACGUCCCUUGAGCUGGGGGUUGGUGGGGCCCGUCCUGAAGGAUGUGCUCCUUCCAUGUUUCAAGCGGGAACAUCUCGGCACCCCCCCCACCCCCGGGAACAGUGCAAUUUGGACGCAACAGGCACUCAGGAAAUCUCUCUGCAAUCAGCAGCCAGACGUCAGCUCAGCUGAGGGCCCAGAAAACUCACGGCCUGCCUUCCUACGCCUCCUCCAGGGGAUGCGGUUCCCAGAGCAGCUCUGCUGGGGAGCCGUACCCUGGGGACUAUACUUGUUCUUGGAACAGUACAUGUGAGUCAUGGACCUUUCCCUGGAAGUGGCAUGGAGGAGGAAGAAGAGGCUCCCGUCCUUCCUGUACGGGGUUCCUUCAGGAUUUAGUCACAGUUACAGCCCACUGGGACUGGGGGGUGCCCUCCCAUAGGAAGGGGUAGGGGAGAAGUUCAUUCACAGAGAAACCCAAGGGGCUUAUCACCAGAUGAACAGUGAUUUCAAAUACUUCUGAUUUAAAAUGCUGUAAAAUAAAGAAUGUUAAUCAAC